AUUCAAGUAAAAUCAAGAGCACCAAUCACAAGAAUUCCAACCCUAUCAAAUAUGGAGCCCCAACGAAUUAUUCAAGUAAAAUCAAGAGAGGAGUUAAGAGAUGAGAUCCACCUCACCGCCCUUGAUAGCGUUGUGAUUCUCAACUUUCUAUGUGCUGCCUUUACAUUUAUCGGACUCUCCCUCACCACUAUGGAGUUGCAGAGCAUUGAUGGUUGUCUUGGCUGCGGUCCCAAGAUCAGGAGUUUGAUGUUAUUUGAGGUCAUUUCCUUUGCGUUUUUUCUCGCAUCAUUAUUGGUGGCUUAUGGCUUGAAGAUAAUGAUCAGUCUCAUCAAUCCUGCGGAAUUAAAUAAAGAGUUUAGAAACCACUUCAACAGAAAGUCUAUUCGGAAGGUGAUGCUUUGUGUCAUCUUCAGCUCGAUCUUGGGAUGUCUUUUUUUAAUUCUCUCAAUAGUGUACAUCCUCCAAAUUCGGUUAGGGAUUUCGAGUUGUGAGAGUCCAUUUACAGUCCAAGGAGUGGUUGCUCUUGUUAUUAUUGUUACUUGUGGUGUUAUUUUUCAUGCUGCUGUUACUAUCUCAGUGUUUUUGUAUGUGUGA